GCGGCUCGCUAGACUCCGGCAGUGUUGAUAUUUUCUAGUCAGUGCGUCUGGCUGGGGCCAAGCUGGCAACUAGGGAGGGAGCUGCUUGGACUUUUGCACGCGGGCCAGGCCACGCCGUGGCACCGCAGGGCUCACGCCUGCGCGGCAGAGCCUCGGGGAGAGAAGGAAGGACCCAGGACUCAGACCGCGAGAAAGCAUCAAGGUGCUGACUUGGACUGAAAACUGAGGCGGAGGGCACGCGACGGCGAGAGAGAGCUCAUCUCUGAUUGGUCCGCAGGCAUCUUCGAGGCCUGGCGCAGUUUCUUCCAUUGCAGAAAGGCCGCGACGAACCUCCGGAGCCCUGAACUUGCUGGACCCCGAGGGAAAACUGCGUCAGAAUCCACCGCGGCGCCUUCACAGUGGACUUCACAUCCGGGUUCUCCCGCCGGGUGAUUCGCGCGUCGCCGAACGUUCUUCAGCCGGUGCCGCCUCUGUCUCUUUAUCCGGGUCCCGCCGAUCCCGUGGUGCCUCGCGCAUCACAGUAGCCCCCUCAUCCGGGUUCUAUCCCGGCGUGCUUCGCGCCGGGUUUGCUGGGGGCUACUCGGCGGUACCGCCAUGACUAUUCUCCCGAAAAAGAAGCCGCCGCCUCCCGACUCCGACCCCACCAAUGAGCCGCCGCCGCCCGGGCCUCUGCCCCCGGCGCCGCGCCGCGGCGGGGGUGUGGGCGUGGGCGGCAGCGGCUCGGUUGUGGGCGGUGGCGACCGUGACCGUGACACAGGCGUAGUGGGAGCCCGGCCCCGGGCCUCACCCCCUCCUCAAGGCCCGUUACCGGGGGCACCGGGGGCACUUCACCGCUGGGCCUUGGCGGUGCCGCCCGGCGCCGUGGCGGGCCCUCGGCCCCAGCAGGCCUCCCCUCCUCCCUGCGGUGGUCCUGGUGGCCCAGUCAGUGGCCCUGGCGACGCUUUGGGCGCCGCGGCGGCCGGCGUAGGUGCGGCGGGAGUGGUGGUGGGCGUGGGCAGCGCUGUGGGUGUGGGGAGCUGCUGCUCUGGGCCCGGGCACAGCAAGCGAAGGCGUCAAGCCCCUGGGGUUGGCGCAGUCGGUGGUGGCAGUCCGGAACGCGAGGAGGUCGGCGCAGGGUACAACAGCGAGGACGAGUAUGAAGCGGCUGCGGCACGCAUCGAGGCGAUGGAUCCUGCCACCGUUGAGCAGCAAGAACACUGGUUCGAGAAGGCCCUGAGAGACAAGAAGGGCUUCAUCAUCAAGCAGAUGAAGGAGGACGGUGCCUGCCUCUUUCGGGCAGUAGCUGACCAGGUGUACGGAGACCAAGAUAUGCAUGAGGUUGUGCGAAAGCACUGCAUGGACUAUCUGAUGAAGAAUGCUGACUAUUUCUCCAACUACGUCACUGAGGACUUCACCACCUACAUAAACCGGAAGCGGAAAAAUAACUGCCAUGGCAACCACAUUGAGAUGCAAGCCAUGGCAGAGAUGUACAACCGGCCUGUGGAGGUGUACCAGUAUAGCACAGAACCCAUCAAUACAUUCCAUGGGAUUCACCAAAAUGAGGAUGAACCCAUUCGUGUCAGCUACCAUCGGAAUAUCCACUACAAUUCAGUUGUGAAUCCCAACAAGGCCACUAUUGGUGUGGGACUGGGCCUGCCAUCUUUCAAACCUGGGUUUGCAGAGCAGUCCCUGAUGAAGAAUGCCAUUAAGACAUCAGAGGAGUCAUGGAUUGAGCAGCAGAUGCUAGAAGACAAGAAGAGGGCCACGGAUUGGGAGGCCACAAAUGAAGCCAUUGAGGAGCAGGUGGCACGGGAAUCCUACCUGCAGUGGCUGCGGGAUCAGGAGAAACAAGCCCGUCAGGUCCGAGGCCCCAGCCAGCCCCGGAAGGCCAGUGCCACCUGUAGCUCUGCCACUGCAGCCGCCUCCAGUGGCCUGGAGGAGUGGACCAGCCGGUCCCCAAGGCAGCGGAGUUCAGCCUCCUCACCAGAGCACCCAGAGCUGCAUGCCGAGCUGGGCAUCAAGCCCCCUUCUCCAGGCACUGUUUUAGCUCUUGCCAAACCUCCUUCGCCCUGUGCACCAGGUACAAGCAGUCAAUUCUCCACUGGGGCUGACCGGGCUACUUCCCCCCUUGUGUCCCUCUAUCCUGCUCUGGAGUGCCGGGCUCUCAUUCAGCAGAUGUCCCCAUCUGCAUUUGGUCUGAAUGACUGGGAUGAUGACGAGAUCCUCGCGUCGGUGCUGGCUGUGUCUCAACAGGAAUACCUAGACAGUAUGAAGAAAAAUAAAGUGCACAGAGACCCGCCCCCCGACAAAAGUUGAUGGAGACCCAGAGACUGGAGACCAUUUCCCAACCCCCACCACUCCUGCCCUCCGGUGCCACCCACCGUCUUUGGCUUUCUUCCUUCUCCCCUCGCUCCUCUCUCCCCUCCUCCCCACGUCCUUCAGGCUGACCCACCCCUGCGCUCCCUUCUCAUCGCUGCCACCACUACCAUCACCUGUCUCUUCGCCAGCUGACGUGCCCUGUUGCCCCCUGCACAGCACCAUCCCUGCAUUCCACAGGGGACUCGGGCAAGGGUGCCGAAGGUAGGCAAGAGGCACAGAGACAAACCAGCUGGCAGCCAGGCAAACCCUGAAGAGAGACGUUCAGACAGAGGGAAGUCUCCCUGUACCCCUUCCUUCAGAGAUCAGAAAAACUUGUUAUUCCCACCUCCACACUGAUACCAGGGAGGUGGGAGGAAGACGUGGGAAAUCCCUCUAUCCUCUACCCUAAAAAUGUCUGAGCCUUCAUUGUUCACCUUUUCUUUAUUAAAAUAUACUUUUAUCUUAUAAAAUCAACCAAUCAGAAAUGAUGUAGACAACAGCAUUGGCUCUAUGAAGGCGGCACCUCUGGUCUGGGGGCAGACAGUCCGUGGGACACAGGGCACAGUGAUGUGGUUGCAGUCUCUGGCCUCCAGCUCUGUGGAAAUGGGCAGAUCUAGAGUGAGCGGGGUAGUGGCUGGGGGGCAGGCAGGGGUGGCAGGUGUCACGUGGGCUUUGGAUAAUGAGACUCUGACCUUACUGUAUUCCUUCUGCUUCCACCACCACCACCACCACCACCUUCACUACCACCACCAACCACCCACCACCACACCACCACCACCUCCACCACCUCCACCACCUCCACCUCCACCUCCACCAGUCUCUUUGGAAUUUCUGGGUGGGGGGCAUCGUUGAGGAACAUGACCAUCACCCAGGAUUUGAGUGUGGGGAGUGGGAGCAGCCUCAGUAGAUGGGGCAACCGUGCCCUGCAGGUGUUGACAAGAUCCUCCAUCUGUAAUGUCCUUGGCACAAUAAAACCAAAUGUCAGUCCCCCCCC